ACAAGAAACCUCUUCCUCAGGUUGGAGGAGGGAAAAGAAAUUAAAAAAGAAAAACCCUUUCUUUUCGAGAGGACCAGUAGUAGCAGAGGAGAGGUGGAAGACGGAGAGGAAGAACAAUUGAGUAGAAUUUUUACGAAAAUCAACUCCUGUUGAAUCAUUUCGCGCUUUUAAUUCUCCAUUUUUGAAGGAGACUGUUCCAAAUUUCAGUUGCUGAUCAGAAACUCAGAAAUCAAAGUGUUAUUCUAUACAUACUUAUUGAUCUGGAUUUUUUGCUUUACACUGCGGGUUAGGCAUGGCAGAGGCAGAGACGGAGACCAAAGUUGUUGAUGGUGCCGCAAAUGGAACUUGUCCACCUGAGGAUACUGGCCCCCCUGAGGAUACGGGUGAAGCUGAAACUCUAAAGGAGGAGGAAGCUGUAACUCUAAAGAAAGAGGAGGACAGCAAUGGAGUUAAGGAAGUGGAAGAAUAUAGUAAAGAAAAUGAAAAGAAUGAGGCUGUGGGAAUGGACGAAGAUCAUAAGGUGAAGGAAGAAGAGAGCAAGCAGGAAAUAGAAAGUGAAGAAAAAGAACCCGAAGAUGUGAAGAUGGAGGAAGAAACUGAAACGAAGGAAGAGAAGGAGAGCAAGGAAAUUGUUGAGAAUGCUGAAGAGAAGGGAGAGAAGGAGAGCGAGGAAAAUUUUGAGACUGCUGAAGAGACUGAAGAGAAGGAGAGCAAAGAAAACAUUGAGAAUGCUGAAGAGGAGGAGGAGGAAACAGUGAAAGCCAAGGAGAGCAAAGAAAACACUGAGAAUGCUGAAGAGGAGGAGGACGAGGAGGAAACAGUGAAACCAAAGGAGAGUAAAGGAGGAAAGGGAUUCAAGAGGCGUGGUAAGAGGCCGAAUGUUGAGAGCAAGGAGGUGGCUAAGAAAAACGAAUUGGAUGAAAAAAAUGCAAAAGAAACUAGUACUCCCAUGGCCUUAUCUCUUGAUCGACCUGUGCGCGAGCGAAAGUCUGUUGAGAGGUUGGUGGUUUCUAUUGAGAAAGAACCAGCAAAGGGGUUUCAUAUUGAAAAGGGACGUGGUACUCCUCUCAAGGAAAUACCAAAUGAAUCAUUUUUUAUUUGGCUGGCCCAGUGGUUUCAAGUGUCGUAUUGAAUCGUUUUGAUCAUACGAACAAGCUGAUUGUAGACCACUCUAUAUAAAAAAGGGGCUUUGGUGCUUCAAAACUAACCAAGCAACUCCGUGAACCCCUGUUUGAGUAAGGGUUGCGCCAGAACCAAGCAACGUUUAGCGCAUCAGAACAAGUGGGUUGAGAAAGAGUAGAUAGGAAUACAGUCUACUAUCCUGUAACUGAGGGGAAGGAGUUGUCCUAAGAUCCAUUAUAAAGUGAAGAUUAGCUGAUCCACUAUUUAUGCAGGCAUUUCCUCAUUGGAUUGACCAGUCCUUUGUUUGAUCCAAUACAGAAUGAUCCGGAGAGGUAUUGCCUGGACCAAUGCGGUAUGUGAUUCUGAUCUGCAAUUCCGUGGCUAGCCGUAGAGGCCGUCCUCACCAACUCUUGUAGUGCAGCCCUAUACUGUCAAAGCCCCAGCCUGUUUUUCAUUGCUGUUGUUUCAUAAAUUCUGUGUAAAAUAUCAAUAUACUUGGAGAAAAAUAAAUUUUCAUAUUACAGUUGAGAUCCAGUUUCGUAUUAUGGUUGAGCUGUAGCAAUAAAUUGUUCCUACAGUUGAAAUACAAGUUCUUACCAGUUUCUGGUUGAAUUCUAAACCCUCCCUCAUGCUGUGACCAUUUUAUUUAAAACCAAGGUUAUUAAGGCGGUGAGGGUCUUUCGAAGUGCUUUGGCGAUAGGGCGGGCAUAAGGCGUCGCCUUAUUGAAUAAAGCGUUCUAGUUUUUAUAUUUUUUAUGUAACCAUUCUAUUUAGCUCUAACGAUAUAUUGAAAAUUAUGUAAUACUACUAUAUUCUAAAUAAAGAUUAAAGGUUCAUACUUCAUACCAAUGCAAGAUAUUCGUAAAAAAACAAAUCAAUAAAAUGAAUAAAUUAAGUUCAUUUUCAUCAAUCAUCAUCAUAGCAUAUAAUAUAAUAUAUAAUUACGCAAUCAAUAUUGAUAGCCAGCAGCCAAGAAUGUCAAACCAGAUGGCGAGAACCAAGGAGCUGCAUAUUCAUCCAAAAGAAAAAAAUAAAAAGAGAGAGAGCAGCAGAAUAAGCCAUAAUACCAUAUCCAACAGUACCAUCUCACAAAGAAUAAAUCAGAAAGCUACGAGCCACAAAAAGCAAUACUUGAUAAUCAAAAGAAUAAUGCCCAGGCUACAAUACACAAUCAAUAUUGAUAACCAACAGCCAAGAACAUCAAACCAGAACCAAGGAGCUGCAUAUUCACCCAAAAA